CCAAAAAUUGUCAAACUAGUUGAAUAAAGAAGGAAUCUAGCGAAAGUCAAAUAAAGAAGGAAGAUCAAAGAUUUUUAAUUUGCAGAAAUUGAAAACAAAAACAAACCCACAAGAGAAAGUUAGCGCGCAGAGAGAGAGAGAGGUUGAGAAUGGCAGAAAGUGUGGUAACCUUUCUAUUGCAGAAGCUGGACAGCUUUGCUCAUGAAAAAGCUAAUCUAUUGGGUGGAAUCCGGGAAGAAGCUGAGUAUGUCAGAGACGAACUGGAGCGUAUCAGAGCCUUCUUAAGAGUUGCUGAUGCAAAGGAAGAAGGUGAUGAAGAAAUCGGAGUGUGGGUCAAGCAAGUCAGAGAAGUCGCAUACGACAUUCAAGACCUUCUUGAUGAAUUCCUACUUCGCUUCUCGAAUCAUGGAAACCACCAUGAUUUUUAUGGCCGUUUAUAUAAUCUUGCUCGAACCAUCAAGAAUCUCAAAGCUCGCCAUCGAAUAGCUUCUGGGUUGCAAGCCGUUAGAUCCAGAGUGACCAAUAUCUCUGAGGGACAUCAGAUAUAUCGUUACAAACUAAACUCCAUUGAAGAAGGGUCUUCUUCUUCCUCUGUCACUGCGAAUAACAAUUGGCACGACCUUCGAGGAGAUGCCCUUUUGGUAGAAGAAGCUCAGCUGGUCGGGAUUGACAAACCCAAACGAGAUCUGAUUGGUGGGCUAAUAGGAGGAAGAUCCGAGUUUCAAGUUAUUGCAGCGGCUGGAAUGGGUGGUUUGGGGAAGACGACCUUGGUGAGCAAAGUCUACAAAGAUGAUGCGGUGAAGAGGCAUUUCCAACACCAUGCUUGGGUCACUGUUUCCCAAUCGUUCAAGCUUGAGGAUGUUGUCAGAGAUAUUGUUCAACAACUGUUCGAUGAAAUCAAGCAGACACUUCCUCAUGAUGCAGAUUCAUUGGAUAGCGAUAAGCUCAAAGCCAUUCUAGCUGGUUUUCUUCAUGGGAAAAGAUAUCUGGUUGUGUUGGAUGAUAUUUGGCAGGUGGGUGCUUGGGAUGCUCUCAAAUAUGCAUUUCCUACUAACAACAAUGGCAGCAGAUUAAUGCUCACCACCAGGAAUUCCAAAGUGGCAUCUUUACCAUCCAGCUUGGAGCAUAUUCCCUGAGGACUAUUUGAUCGACCCCAAGAAGCUGAUUCGGUUUUGGAUAGCAGAAGGUUUUGUUCAAGAAAAGGUAGGAAGAAUACUUGAAGAAGUUGGAGAAGGCUAUUUUAAUGAACUUGUCAAUAGAAGUUUGAUCCAAGUGGUUGAUAAAUACUAUGAUGGGAGGAUCGCAAAAUGUCGAAUCCAUGAUCUAUUGCGUGAAAUCAUACUUCUCAAAUCGAAAGAUCAAAAUUUUAUGUCCAUCAUCAGUGAACAAAGCAGCUCUGCCUGAAAAGGUUUGGCGACUAUCAAUACAUAAACCAUUGGAAAAUGUUGGCGGAGGGCAUGACUUACAUAGCUUGCACUCUCCGUUCUAUUUUGGAGCAAAAGAUGACUCCAUUUCUAACUUCUCAAUGUCCAUCUUUUUCAAUAAUGGCUUAAGGUUUCUUAAGGUGUUAGACUGCAGGGAAGCACCUUUAAAUACAUUUCCAAAGGAGAUUCUCAAACUAUACAAUUUAAGGUAUCUAAGCUUGAGAGAUACCAAUGUGAGUUCCAUUCCAAAAUCAAUUGGAAAGCUUCAAAAGCUUAACACAGUAGAUCUUAGAUAUAUUAAUGUUACAGAGCUUCCUGCAGAAAUUUUGCAGCUUAAGCAACUUCGGCAAUUACUUGUUUAUCGUUACGUCCAUAGAUUCACUACAUCUCUUGAGGUCGUUGGUUUCAAGGCCUUAAGAGGUUUAGAAACAUUGUCAUCCUUGCAAAGUCUUUGCUUUAUCGAGGUCAAUCAAGGUGAUUCUAAUUUGAUGAAGUCCCUAGGAGGGCUGACACAGUUAAGGAGGUUAUGCAUUCUAAAGUUGAAAGCAGAAGAUGGAAAUUAUCUAUGCUCGUCCAUUGAGAAACUGAGGUUCCUUCUCUCAUUGUCCUUGAACUCAGUAUCCCCAGAUGAAGUUAUUGAUUUGCAGGACAUGUCAUCACCUCCUCAAUGCCUUCAACGGCUGAUUUUAACAGGAAAGUUGGAGACUUUUCUCCAUUGGAUACCUUAACUUUCAAAUCUUUGCAGAUUAUGCUUGAAAUGGAGUCGUUUACAGGUUGAUCCAUUUGAAUGUCUUCAAGCUUUGCCAAAUUUAGUGCAUAUUGAGCUUGUUGAAGCUUAUGAUGGAGAAACAUUGUGUUUCAAAGCUGAUGGUUUCAAAAUGCUUAAGGUGUUAUUACUAGGGAAAUUUGACAGAUUGAAAAGAGUGACAAUUGAGAGAGGGACAAUGAGUUCUCUUGAGAAACUAAUGUUAAGAGAUUGUAAAUUGUUGGACGAAGUGCCAACAGGGAUUGAAUGCCUUAGCAACCUCAAAGAUCUCGAAUUCAUUGAUAUGUCUAAUGAGUUUCUCAUGAAGCUAAACCAAAGAACUGAUUUGUUGCACAUCUCAACCAUUUUUGUUGGUUAUGAAGCAGACUGGGGACUGGAUGGAUAUUUGAUUUAGUAAUAAGAUUUUUGGCAUUUUUUUUUUUAGCUUUAAAUUUUCUUUCAUCAUUUUGUAAACGGAUGGAACACGGGCUUUGCAGUUCCUGUCAUUAUUCUGUGGUUAAACAUUGUUAUAACAUUCUCUGUAUUGUAAUU